AAGCGGGCUGGGAGGCCAGCGUGAUGCGCGUGCCGGUGUAACGGGUCCGAGGCCUGGCGCUCCCACCGGCGCGAGCCCCGCCCCUCUCCUCUCCGGAGGCCUCGCGGUGGUCACCGCUUCUGUGCACCGCGAGCGGUGCCUCCCCGCGCGACCACUGCGCAGGCGCCAUCCAUAAAGCCUGUCUGGGCAAGGGGCUCCCGUUGGUCAGAGCGGCGGCAGCGGCGAGGAUCCCUGGGCCGGCUGACUGACGAGCGGUUGGGCCUUGUUCCUGGGCACCUGCUGCACGGAGCGCCCGAGGAUGUCUCCGGUGAGGAAGACAAGGAUAAGCGGACAACAGAACAGUGUGGUCCUGCAGAAGCUGAAGCCUGAUGCUCCUUACACCAUCACCCUGUCCUCCCUGUGUCCUGAUGCGGAUGGAGGUCUGAUGAUGGGAAGAUGCAAGACCAAACCUUUGAGUACCGUGAGGAACUACAGAGUGCAUGACCCUGCCACCAGCACUUUGAACGUUCGCUGGGACCACGUGGAGGGAAAUCCUGAUCACUACAAGCUCUUCUGUGCACCAACAGCAGGUGCCAAUCCCUGGGAACACGAAUUAUGCUGUUCUUAGGAAUCUGCAGCCGGAUGCCCCAUACACUGUUACAGUGGUUCCCGUUUAUCCUGGGGGCGAUGGAGGGCAUACACCAGACAAUGGAAGGACAUGGAAUGAUGAGAGGACUGGCCAGAAAUGUCCAAAUGUACAAUCCGAUGCCGAACAGCCGGGAUGUUGGCUGGACCCUGCCCCUGGCCAGUGCAGCAGCACCACGUGUGUGUGCUUCCCUGGCUGGCAUGAGGGCCCCAGAACCUGACCAUGCAGUGGACCGAGGAAUGUGAGUCUUUGGGGAGACAACCAUCAGCCUGUCCGUGCCCUGGGAUCACACUGAUGGGCCAGCUCAGCAGCACAGGAUCAAAAAUUCUCCUACCUUUGGUGACCCAGUCGAUAAAUAUGUCCUCCGCACUCUGGUUCUCCUUUCCCAUCCUGGGUCUGAUGUUUAUGAACUUCUGUGGAAGCUUAUUCUCAUUGCUGCUGCCUGGGGAGUUUCUAGUUUUCUCUUAUUUGUCUGGAGGACCGUCCUCGCUGUAGAGCCUCCAGUGACUCAAGGUAAGGUACUAGGGUUUAGUUUCCUUUGUAAUAUUUUCUCAAUACUGGGAUCCGAUGUGGGUUUUCAUUCAACUAAGAGUAAACACAAUGACUUCCGAUGUCAGACUUCUUAACUCUUGAAAAUUUUACUCCUGGGAUGGUGUCUAAAUGACACUGUAGAGGAAGUUGGCAUCUAUUGAGGUAAGAGACCAGGAGGGUCUGAGGAGUAGGGAGACUAGGAUGAGUUUAAUUUUGCAUAAAGCCUUUUGGAAGCAGGUGAAGAAAAGAGUCUAAUGUUCAGAGUGACUACCUGACGUGACCUGGCUCUUGGUGAAAAGGAAAGAUGCUGAAACACCACUGGAGCCUGUCAGGACUCUCUAGGCUGAGGUGUGGCCAGGUGUGUGUGUCACAGCCGAGGGGAAACCGUGGGCUGUGACUCAGAAGUGAAGGGGGCCAUUCAUGGCAGUGGGGACUUAACGGAAGUGAUUCAGCCUGAGGAUGCUGCUUUCUGUGCAGGCUUCAUAGGCUCUGCUGAUCGAGUAGGGCUGUGUGUGGUGGGCAGGGUGGCUGCCCUGUGCUCAGUAGGCCCUCGAGGGCUGCUGUUGGUGACAGUGGAUGCAGAAGGGCUGGUGCUGAGCGGAGGGAUCUCGGCAUCAGAGCGUCCCCGCUGGGCAAAGAGAAGAUGCGUGUGCGCUGUGCGGUCAGAUGAGGGACUUAGAUGCCCGAGAGAGGAGCCUGGAGCUGAGGGCUGCGUUGUAGAGCAUCACACGUGGAGUCACCUGUGGCUGGCUGCUUUAUGUGUGCUGUUUUCCUGAAGCAGUGAUGGGAAUAUUCUCAUCCUGGGGGUGGAAAAGCUUGUCAUUUAGGGAUUGUGUGUUAUCCAGGUUCUCCAGUGACUAGGUGGGGAAGCCCACAUGGUACCAAAGUGCUUAAUUCCAGUGACCUUGUCCUCCAGGGCCCCCAGCAUGGUUUUCAUGAAGGACGAUCUGCCAGGCAGCAGGACAACACUGGGGGCCUGUGCAGGCCCAGUCAGGCGACGUGUUGAACUUGCCUUCUGUGGUGCUGUGGAUAGGGCCUGGCUGUGGGGUGAACCUGCAUGGGAUGAGGGUUUUUUUUUUUUUUUUUUUUUUUUUAAGCAGGGGCAUGUUUACUUACCUUAAUAAUUGGAGGAGAGAAUGUUAAGGGGACAGGAUGCACAGGAUGCUUGGUUUUUCUUUUUCAUCUCUGGUGAUGUCAGAAGUAUUUGAAUGAAUUUUCUAAGAAUGGUGCUUAUAGCUGGGAGAGAAUUUAGGAGAAGACUUUUUAUUGUGUUUCUGCAUCUUUGAAAAAAAUUGA